AUCUUUAGUAUUUCAAGAGUAUCACCGUAAAAAAUACGUUGCUUUUGAAUGCAUACUCAAUUACCCAUAUGACGAGCAUUUGUUUCAUAACAAUCGAUGAUCGCCUGCGAAUACCAGAAAAUAUACUAUUGGCAAACGCACGUGGACAUGAACGCUUAUCAAGAAAUAGAGAUUAUAUCAUCAACCGCCAAGUUGGUGGACGCUUCUAAAUACAACUUGCGAUGUAAUCGCAACAUUAGCGAGAAGAUGACAAAGAAAGACUUUGUAUACGAUAUCCGUACACCUGUACAGACCAUGAGAAAGGUCGAAAUGCAGAAACGAUCCAUCAUAUUGCCGAUACAAUUGCGACGAAAACAAAACAUCGACUCAAAAGUGCCGCAAUACACCGUUAUUCCCGAAAAGUUAGGACGUAAUGUCAGUGAUGGUAGUGGUGACGCGACUGUCAUUGCUGAGCAACGCAUUUUAGGAUACAAAUGCAAUUAUUGUCAUGAACCAAUUGCCACUUUACUGUCCUUAUCAACUCAUGUCAAGUUUCAUUGUCAGAAACAUUGUAAGAUAUGUUAUUGGAUUCUACGUGAAAACGAGACAAUGGAACAACAUAUCAUUAAUUACCAUUGCAUUAGACCAGAAAUUGUGCAAUCUGUAAAUCUUAAUAAGAUUUAAGAAUAUUGUUUCUAUA